AUGUCCUCUGACGAUGAAAUUGAACAACUCGUCGCCCCUUACAUUACCGUCGAGAAUGUUCUCAUCGAACCAUUUGCUACAUUUGCGCUCAUGUUCUGUACUUAUGGGAUUUACAUCGUGCUUUUCGGUCUAUCGAUUCGUGCCCUGCAUCGUAGUAAGAACAACGUCUCCAAGCUUUAUUGGGGUUGGACCAUUUCACUGUUCGCGAUGGCAACGCUUGUGGUGGCUACCGAAACCUAUAGCUAUGUACGAGAAUCGAUCCUCGAGUUUAAAGGAUUGAAGACAAAGGACUAUUUUCCUUUCGUCAAUUACGGCCAGGGGGAAGUUACAAAGACCAUACCCUAUACCAUCUCUAACGUGGUACUGGUUCUGAUGAAUGCGGUCGCCGAUUCUACGCUGAUCUACCGUUGCUACAUAAUUUGGGGAUCAAGAAAAAUCGUCCUGUAUCCCCUCGCCUUCAUCGCUUUUGUCAUAAAUGGCUUACUGCUGGGAACUUUUAUCGGAAUGACUAUCGGAUACAGCGACCUCAGGAUCGAAUCCAAUAUAAGGCUUAUGCUGAGCGCCGCUGCAGUGAAUAACGGUGGUUGGCUAGCGGUCGCUGGUUUCAAUCUUGCUUUGACGCUCUUUGCAGGAGGUGGAAUCUGGCGAUUAGGCCGUCAAGCGAGACAGCUCAUGGGUCAAUCGACACACGUUAAGUACGGAACGAUUGUGGCGAUCAUACUUGAAUCCGGGAUAUUAUAUUCAGUCGCCCUGGUGACGUCCACCCUGCUCGAGCUCGAGUUGGAUUCCACAGAACAUGGACUAAUUCCCGUCGACCUCACUGUGUUCUCGGCGUUGAUGUCGGGUAUUGCUCCAACUCUGAUCAUCGUAAGAGCGGCAUACGGAAAAACUGUUGAAACUAUCGAGCAGGGACAGGCGGUCUCUGGAAUGAUAUUCGCCGAACCCCCUGGUCGUGUACGGAGUUCCGCCCAUCAACAGCUAUCUGCUGGUACCGUAAUCCGAAUCGGCCCGGACGACGUUGCUCUUCAUUCGUCGACGGAGACUAACACGGGAGGAGAACAAUUUCGAGAUGAAAAAAUGGUUUAG